AUGAAGUUCUUGGUGUGCAUCUCUUCGUCUAUCAGAGCGGCGUGUCAGUCCACCCCAGCGUGUCCCUCACUGCUAAACCGGCCUUUAUUUCACGGCAAGUCGACACACGUGGGAGCGGUUAUAGCGCAUCAGCCGUGCGUCUCCGUGUGUCCUUUCCACAGCACGCCGGAAAAGGAGUCGGCGGUCCAGCUGUUGAAUAACCUCCCAAUCCCGGAGCCGGUGCUCCUACCGGAGCAGAGAGAGGAGGAGUCCAGGUCUUAUCCGCCUGGAAGAAGGCUGUCACGGAAAACGGCAAGAAUCCGAGACUGGAGACCGCUGCUGGACGUCUCGCCGUGCGCCAAACCGCGGACCACAGCAGACUCAGUCGUAGAGGUCCGAUCAGUGUUGGAGGGGGAUGUCGUGUCCGAGUUGUGUUGCAGGCUUGCGGAGACCACCGUCAGUGACAGGUCCGAGUGUAUGGCCGCUCUGCUGGCGAUGUGUGUUGAGUUUGGAGUGGACGUUCAAAGCCCCGUCGUCUCCCGGCUGAAGGAGGAGUGUCUGGCGCACCUGCAGAAGACGCACACCGGAGUGGCGCAGUUGUGUCGGCUGGGUGAGGUGGCGUUCGCCCUCGAAGGUCGACAGUCAGCCAUAGUGUCCUCGGUUAUCGGCUCGCUGUCUGUUUCUUUGGAGGACGGCCUCUCUCCUGGGGAGGCUGUCGGUGUCUACUCCCUUCUGGCUCUGUGUUACGAAGCAGGCAGUCAGCAACAGGCUGUCCUGCUGCGCGCUUUGCACGGCCACACUGAGCGGCUGGUCCACCGGCUGACAGCCAGGCACCUCAGUGAUAUCCUGCAGGCCCUGGUCACCUUAAAACAGAGACAGGCUGUCUCUCUGUUGCUGGGCCUGAGCCGCAGGGCGUCCCGGGUCUUCAAAGCCUUCACAGACCAGCAGGUGGUCAAGCUGCUCUCCUCACUCAUGACCCUGGGCCAUCAUGAUGAAGAGCUGCUGGCCGCCAUGGAGAAGCACCUGCCAGGGAGGCUGGAGGCGUGUGAUCUGGAGCUGGCCAGUACCGUUAUGGAGUACUGUCUGCAGAUGAGGUGCCGCUCGGAACCCAUCUUUGAGGCAGUGGCUGAAGGCUUCGUGCUCAAUGCCGAGAAGCACACUACACCUCAGAUCACCAAACAGAUGGUCGCCAUGGGGAGACUAAACUACCUGCCACAGUGCUCCACUCAGAUGUUUAAGAAGCUGGAGAGCGUUUUGUCGUCGAGGUUCUCUCAGUUCCAGCCUCGCUCGCUGAUCGAGGUGCUGCAUGCCUGCAUUCACCUGGAGCGCUUCCCACUCAACUACAUGUCCAAAGUCUUCAGCCCGUACUUUCUGCAGAAGCUUCAAGUGCAGGGGGAGCCACUGGAUAAGAACGUCUUGGGACAGCUGACACAGCUCAGCCUCUCCACUUCAUUAGAGUGUACCUACUACAGGGGUUGUAGGCUGCCCAACAAUCUCCAGCUGAAGAAGUUUUCCUCCAUAGGCCAGGCCUUCGAGACACCCAUGGACAGGUUCUUCUACAACCAGGUUAAAAGGCCGCUUAUAAAACUGCUGGGGGAAAGGUACUACAACACCAGAGUCUCAACAUCCAGCGGGUACACUGUCGAUGUGGAGCUGUGCCUGGAUGAGGAAGGAUUUGUUUUGCCUCCCUUUCAGUGGGAGAACACCCACAGGAGGUUGGCCCUGUGUUUGGACGGUCACAACCGUUUCUGCAGCAACACUAAACACCUGUUAGGGAAGGAGGCUACUAAGAGGAGACACCUUCACAGGAUGGGCUACGAGGUCAUUCAGAUCCCAUACUUUGAAUUCGAGAAGCUGAAAACUAAGGAGGAACAAGUCCAGUAUCUCCACAACAAGAUAUUUCCCACCAUCUUCAUUUUUAGCCACUGA